AUGGAAGUAGAUAAAGGGACUUCUUUUUUACGAGCCAAUGUUGGUGGUGCGAGAGACAGUGAGAAGACAUUUAGGGCCGGUUAUUUAAACGAAGUCUAAGUUAAACCGUGUUUAGGGCCGAGCCGCGGUUUAGACGUUGUCUCGAUAAACAAUGGUUAAACCAUGUUUAAAACACAUUAUUAAAACGCCCUUGAACUAUUUUUUUCUUGUCAAUGGCUAAAUAAUGUCUCACGAGGAAAUGUAUUGUCUGUGGUGUUAUUUGUAUGCACAUUUCCAUAUUGGAGGUUCUGACUCAUUAUGGCCUCUAAAUCCCGUCGAACGCCCAAUUUUAGUGAGGAAGAAAAGCUUUUGGUGGCAGAAUUUGGAAGAGAAUUCCCAGAAGUGGAAAGUAAAGGCUACGAUAAUAAAACGUUGAGAAAGAAAGCAAAUGCUUGAGAAGAAAUUUUGAAAGACAAAGUCUAAGACACAGUUAUGGAAGAACAACGUUUAAAUAAUCAAUAUUCAUGGUUAAACAUGGGUUAGACCACGACUUUCAUAAACGCUGUCUAAACUUCGUUCAAAUAACCGGACCUUAAUCUCGACAUCACCGAAGUGAAAGUGAUUGUCAAUGGAAUCCCGAAUAAGGUUUACAGUAAAAAAAUGGAGACAAAAGAUAUGUCGGAAGAGGUCUUCAUUAGAUUUAGAAAGGAAAACAGCUUGGACCUGCUUAGACUGCAAAACUCUUUGGGUCAGGGGCAGCAAAGUGGCCUAAGCGGUCCCUGGCAUGAGGUGCCUCACAGCCCCCCGCUCAAAGAGCUAGCAGAUGGUGAAAAGAAACACAAC